AUGUUCAUCGAAUUAUGUAUUGUUUUAUCACUACUUAUGCUUGUUCUUGCAUAUAGAGUUUACAAGUGCUUACCAGCACUGAACAAGAAGAAGAUCACAAAGAAUGCAGAUCUUCACGUAAUGUCAGUAUUAGGUUCUGGCGGACAUACUGGCGAGAUGAUGCCAUUGAUUGAAGCACUCUCAAAGGAAAAGAAAUACACAAAAUUCACUAUCAUUUGUGCAGAUUCGGACAAAUUAAGUUUCCAGCAUCCUUCAAUUCCUAAAAACUCAAUCCUUAAAACAAUUCCUCGCUCAAGAAAGGUUGGACAAUCAUUCUUUACUUCAAUAUUUACUACAAUUUGGAGUAUUUUGGCCUCAUUAACAUUAAUGUUCCAAAAACCAGAUUUAUUACUUGUUAAUGGACCAGGUGUUUGCCUUCCAGUUGUACUAUCAGUUUUCAUAGGCAAUGUACUUGGAAUUUCAAAUUGCUCCAUUGUUUUCGUCGAAUCUUUCUGCAGAGUCCAUACACUCUCAUUAACAGGCAAAUUGAUUUAUAACUUCUGCGAUUUAUUCUUUGGACACUGGAAAGAACUCUUGCCAUUGAAGAAGAGAGCACAAUUGAUUGACUUAUUUGGACUCAACCAUACUAAAGCUGAGUAA